AUGGAGCUCACAGCUGUGAUAUUGUUGGUAAUUGCGACAUACUCUUUGGCAAAACCUUUUUUAAUGGAGGAGAAAGAAAAGGUUUCAUUAGCUCAGAAAUAUCUCAGAAGGUACUAUGGCAUGCCAGCUGGACUCCAGAGAAAAGGAAAAUCAUUGGAUCUCAUGCAUGAGAAGAUAAAAGAGAUGCAAGAGUUUUUCAGGUUGGAAGUGACAGGAAAGCUGGACGACAACACUUUGGAGCUCAUGGAAAUGGCACGCUGUGGGGUUCCAGAUGUGGCUGAAUAUAAUCACUUUCCCAGAGACCUCAAAUGGCAAACAACAAAUGUGACUUUCAGGAUACUGAACUACACUCCUGACCUGAAGAAAGCAGAUGUGGACAGGGCUGUUCAACAUGCUUUUAGAGUCUGGAGUGAUGUGACUCCACUGAAGUUUAAGAAACUUUAUGAGGGAAAUGCAGAUAUCAUGAUCAGCUUUGGAGCAAAAGAACAUGGUGACUUCAACCCAUUUGAUGGACCUGAGGGGCUUCUUGCCCAUGCAUACCCACCUGGAAACGGUAUUGGUGGUGACACACACUUUGAUGAGGAUGAAACAUGGACCAAAGACUAUCAUGCAUUCAAUCUCUUCUUGGUCGCCGCCCAUGAAUUUGGUCAUGCUCUCGGUAUGGCCCAUUCUUCUGACCCCGGGUCUUUGAUGUACCCAGUGUAUUCUUACUCCCAGGGUUACCCUCUGUCUGAAGAUGACAUUAAAGGAAUCCAAUCUCUCUAUGGUUCAAACCCCAACCACACAAAAGUCAAUCCCAAACCAGAGGCUCCAAACAAAUGUGACCCUGAACUUAGUUUUGAUGCUGUCACUGAACUACGUGGAGAGACGAUAAUUUUCAAAGACAGGUUUUACUGGCGGCUACACCCACAAAUUCCUGAACCUGAACAAACCCUUAUUAAAUCUACUUGGCCAGAACUUCCAAACAAAGUAGAUGCUGCCUAUGAAAACCCAGAGAAAGAUAUCAUCAUCAUAUUCAGUGGUAUCAAAAUGUGGGCUCUUAAUGGCUACACUCUGGUAGAGGGCUAUCCAAAAUACAUCCACAAACUGGGCCUACCUAAGACUAUCCGCAAAAUAGAUGCAGCCGUUUACAUCCGAGACACGGGCAAAACUCUACUAUUCACAGAUGAAGAUUACUGGAGUUAUGAUGAGCAGACAGGCACCAUAGACAGUGGCUAUCCACAAUCCAUUGAAAAAGACUUUCCUGGAAUAGGAGACGAAGUGGAUGCUGCUGCCUACCAUUAUGGAUAUUUGUACUUCUAUCGUGACCAUCUGCAGUUUGAAUACAGUUACAGUUCACGGAAAGUCAUGCGUAUCAUGAGGGCCAAUUCUAUACUCAACUGCUGAGCUCUUAUACUGUGGAUGUGCCAUAAGCUGUCAAUCACUAUCAAGUGCUGUAAAAAGUAGCAUUCAUUUUUAAAACAUUACAGUUACUGAGCUGGUAUAUCAGUAGAAAGAAUCUGUUAUAUAUUUACUCCUUUAUUUAUAGACCAUGAUUCUGGAAUCAUGUUUGUGAUAUUUUGGUAAAAUUAACUUCUUUAUGAUUCUGUAUAUGGGAGUGUGUAUAUCCCAUGGGUGGCAAAAAGGUGAAAUAUACACUGAUUGAACUGAAAACUAUAAAUGUGUAAUUAUCUCUCCAGUACAACUGUUUGAACAUAAUAAACACAAAA